GGGGUACGUGACUGGGUGAGGCAGAAAUUGGGAGAAAGGGAAGAUUUUUCUUUGAUUUGGUCUGCCCAAUGGGCUGGCACUGGCCCAGAUUAUUUUUCCAUUGGGCCAGAUGAUACUUUUGUUAUUCUUUUAAGUGGAAAUUACCCGUUUGGGCCAGUUUUAGGUACCACAUAUCAUUUAUGUCUUAACUAUUUUCUCUUUUCACUUUUAAACUUUUCAAUUUUCAAUUUUGUUUUUUUUAUUUCACUUUUGGAUCAGUUUAGCCGACCUCCUACGCAGUUAGAUAUAUGUCGAGGAAUACAUGAGAGGCGGUCAGACGGAAUGGAUUAGAGUUUCUCGUUGCCGGGAAAUAUUUUACGAGAGCUCGACGGAGGCCUGGAGAUCGGUGUUAGUUGAUCUAAUCGUCAAAGGAGCCAAGAGAUCGAUCUGAUGGCAACAAACCGAGAACAAAGAGCGGAUGCCUCCAUGUGUUUCCGUUGUAGGUUGGGAUAAUCUCUGCAAAUGGUGAACGAUGGUGAGUUCAUUGCAAAGGCUAUGGAAAAGGUUGUCAAGGAAGGUGUCAUCAUAAUUCAAUUUUCGAGAUCAACGAGUGAAUGAAGACAAAGAAAAAAACAAGGGAUUGUGUGUUGAAAUCCAUAAGUGGAAGAAAAAUGUGAAGAAGCAAAAUCAAAUAUAACACAAUACACUGAUACAACGUAGAUACAUGUAAUA